AUGACCACGAAUUCGAUAUCUGCGCUGGUCGAUCGCCUCUCUUCUCUUCCAGAGCUGGCAGACGAACUGAGCACGCUGGCGGCCAUUCUGGGGGACGAAUCAUUGGAUUGCGACUGGGAAACUGAAGAAGGACACGUCCGGUCUAUCUCGCUUCACAUCCACCUCGAUCUCAAUAACCAUCUCAGCAAAGACACCCAAGAUGAUACGAACUUUCAAUUACUCCUCGAGAUCCCAGAUGGUUAUCCAUCAAAGGACGCAAGACCCCGUCUCGCUUUGCUCGCUAAAUAUAUUGGGUCGUUCAGAGUCAACACAGAUUUAUCGGGCUCGAUUGAUAAGGCAUUCGAGGGAAAACCGGCGGACGAACCUAUCCUCUACGAUGGCAUCGAAACUGCCCGAGAAAUCGUCUCGGAGUUCUACCAAACUAACAGGAACCGACGAGGAGAGAGCUCAUCACAGGCACUUCCUAUAUUGACAACGCAACGAACAGAAGGAAAGACUGAAGAUAAUGAGGCGGAUCAGAGCUUGGAAGCUGCCGACGGAGAUCGAACUGGAUCUCCAGGACGAACAAAGCAGAAUUUUAUGGUGUAUACCAGUGAGCCGAUCGUCGAUCGAAAAAGCGUGUUCAUUGGCCAUGCUGUUGCUUUGGAUGACCCCAAGGACGUCCCAAGGAUUCUUGAAUACCUGCUCAGUGAUAAGAAAACCGCGAAGGCUAGUCACAAUAUGAUCGCUUGGAGAUGCGAAUCUAACGGUUUUCUUCACCAAGAUAACGAUGAUGAUGGCGAAUCGGCUGCUGGAUCACGGAUGCAACAUCUUUUAAAUAUUCUGGACGUCAAGAAUGUUUUUGUCUGUGUCAGUCGUUGGUUUGGUGGCAUCCAUUUAGGCUCGGACCGCUUUAAACAUAUCAACCAAGCUACGAGAGAUGCCCUCCUGCAAGGCCGAUUCAUCCCCUCCCCGCCCCCUAAAAAUUCAAUCCCUUGCAAACCGUCUGGGCAACAGAUCUUCCCAUCCGGAUCCAAGAAGAAACGAUGA